UUGCAGAGCUAUAGUCUAGAGUUAUGGCCAAGCCCAUCUCUGCUAGCAGACCCAGUGGAACCAAAAAAUCCAGAGUACAGGCCAUUGAAGGUCAGGAGGCACUUUAACCAUGCCAAGUUGCUGUACAGGGUAUCUCAGACCGUCGAAGACCCAGCCUGGGAGACCAGCCUACUGGCUCUCCUUGUUCACUCUGCCUACCUUGUCACCCCCUUUCACUGUGCUGACCUAGGAAUCACCAUUCAGGUAAAUAGAGCGUUUGUGCCCAGGAGGAAAGUGAGUCCUUAAACACAGUGUACAGGCCAGAUUGAAGGAGAAAUGGGCCUAGUUGGAAUGGUGAGGCUGACAGAAACCAGGAAGCCUGUUGUCCCUGGGAAUAAUCCAGAUGUGAACCACUGGCAUUGCCAGGACCUGGAGACUGUGGCCAGGUUCCCAGGUAUAGACCGCAUUUUCACCGAUGCUGACUUCCAAAGCACAGUCUUUGAAGGACCCAUUGGAGGGCAGACCAGAGUCACUCUGGAGAACGAGCCCAUGCAGUAUGUUGUCACCUGGUACAGACUCUGUGCAGCCAUGUCAUACCUGUGUAUAAGAAAUUCCUGUCUCUGGAGUUCCUGCUCUGCACAGUGGAUUAAUAUCCAGCUUGUCUCUCUGGAGGCGAUGGUUUGAUCCCUGGCCUAGCACAGUGGGUUAGGGAUCCAUUGUUGCUACAUCUUUGGCUUAGGUCACAUCUCAGCCCAGGAACUUCCAUAUGCUGUGGGUGUGGCUGAAGGGGGAUAAAAAGAUUUCAAAAAGAAGGAAGGAAGAGAAAGAAAGAAAGGGAGAGGGGGAGAGAGGGAGGGAAGGAAGGAAGAAAGGAAGAAAGAAAAAGAAAUUCCUUCCGUGGGCUCCUAGUGUGUGAAGAGAUUAGCCGAUGUAGCCCUGUUCCUGAAUAAUUAAGAGUCACAGAGUAAACCUUUCAGGAGCUUUGGUUUUAUGCUGGAUCACCUGCUGUUGGUAUAAAUAAAUCUCUACACUUCAAAAAAAGCAGCUAUUUGAGAUAUUUUGAUAAAGCACAUUAUUCUUCUGUCAUCGUCCCCCCUCAAUAAUGAAGGCAACUCAAAACUCUAAAGCUGUGCAAGAAAAGGUACAAAUAAGAUACAAAUUCAAAUGUGGUAUGAUUUUGAUCAACCUACAGUGUUUAAGAAAAGAGAAUGUAUUUUCUCUUUGUGUUGGGAAUAUUAUCUUAUGUGUUGCUCAGGUAUUGUGAAACUGAAACAAGAGAAAGAAAUGUUAUUCUUUGACACUGCAUGGGUCUGCUGUGAAUACUAUUUACAGUUAUGUUGAUAAAACUGUAGUUUAUUGGUUUUCAAAUUUAUAUCUAGAGAUAAAGUUAUGAAAAACUUCAUUGGGGUCACAGAUGAGAAUGUGAAAUGUUAAAAGCCUUCAUGAUAUAAGACUCAAGGUAUAGCUAUCAGGGUAGAAAGAGGUGGGGGUGAGAGAAACGAUGAAAGUGAAGUUAGUAGAGUUACUUAUUUUACACGUUAAGGGGUAAAUUCUAUUAAUUGACUCAUGUUCAUUAAGAUAUACAAGUGUGAGUAUGUUAUUUAAAAUUGGAUGUGGAGUUCCCUGGUGGCCUAGUGGCUAAAUUCUUAGCCUUGUAGCUGGAAUUACUGCUGUGGCUGGGGUUUGAUCCCUGGCCUAGGAACUUCCACAUGCCACAAGGGUGGCCAAAAAAUUACAGAUGUGACCAAGAGAAGAAAGAGAUAUAAUGUAGCUUACCAAACAUUCAAAUUAAAAAGGUAGAGGGUAGUGUAAGAGAACUGGAGCCUCAUCCUUCAUAGCUGGGAGUUAGAUGUUUAGGGUGCCAAAUCUAGAAAUAGAGGGGAUGAGCAUUUUGAAUUAUGGAAGAAGAGCUUGCCAUUGGUCACAUUUGUUGUUCUCUUAUUUUUCUGGCAAUUUCUUAGUGGGUUCCUUCUCCAUUCAUUAAAAUGUUGAUAUUUUCCAGGGAUCAGGUCAUGGCCUCUGUCUCACAUGGCACACGUACACUCAGUUCAUUCACAUAAAUGGCUUCAACAACCACCUGUGGAAAUUGAGUCCCAAAUCUCUUAUCUCUAAUCUGAUUGUAAUCCUGUUUGCAAGAUCUGUAUCUUCAGACAUUUCUUUCUCCAUGUCUCAGUAGCACUUUAAAUUUAACAUGUCCAAAUAGAAAUAGUUAUCUUACUCAUGAAAUGUUUUGGUAUUCCUUUAUUUGUUUUUUAAUAGCUUUAUUGAAAUACCAUUUAUAUAUCAUAAAAUUUACAUAUUUAGCUCUAUCUGUGACUCUUACCAAAUUUGUAGCCACCUCAACAAUCCAAUUUUAGAACAUUUCCAUCAUUAGACAAAAGAUCCUUUAUGCUGUUGGCAUCACUUCCUAGCCCCAGUCCCAAGCAGUCAUUAAUCUGUUCCUAUCUUUAUUGAUUUGCCUUUUCUAAAGAUUUCAUAUAAAUGGAAUCAUACAAAAUGGGGUUUUUGUGACUGACUUCUUUCACCUAGCAUGUUUUUGAAGUUUGUUCAUGUUGGAACAUGAACUAAUACUUCAUUCUUUUUUAUUGCUGAGUAGAAUUCCACUGCAUGGCUGUACCACAUUUUGUUUAUCUGUUCAUUAGUUGAUGGACAUUUAAGUUGUUUUCUAGUUUGCGGCAUUAUGACUGAAGCUCUAAACAUUCCUUUCAUGUCUUUGUGUAGCCCUGUAUUUCCAUUUCUCUUGUGUGCAUUUAUGGCACAUUAAUGUUUAACCUUCUAAGAAGCUAUCAAAUUAUUCUCCAAAAUGACUGCACCAUUUUAGUCACACUGACAAUGUAUGAGGGUUCCAUUUUCUCUUUGUUGUUUUUAUUAUAGCCAUUCCAGUAAGGUGUGGCAUGGUGCAUCCUUGUGGUUUUCAUGUACAUUUCCCUAGUGGAUGCUUGGCAGCCAUGAUUUUUCUUUCUUUUGUACCUUGCCUUCCCAUUCUCUGAGUGUAUAAAUACAUCUUUAAUUUAUUUUUUUGAAGUUUUAUUGAUGUGUAGUUGAUUUAAAAUGUUGUGAUAAUUUCUGCUGUACAACAAAGUAAUUCAGUUAUACAUAUACACACAUCAAUUUCUUUUUCAGAUUCUAUGAUCACCGAACAUCUUUAAGUAUAUCUUUAAUUCUCUCCUUUAUCCUCAUUCCCAUUGCUUUAUUUCUUGGCUAUUCUUGAUUGUUAAAAUGGCCUCCAAACCAUUUUCUCUGCUACCAGUUCUUCUGCAGGUUGCAGUCUAUUUUCCACACUACUGUCAAAAUGAACUUUCUAAAAUGCAGAUGCGGUCAUGUCACUCCUUUGCUAAAAACAUUUCAAAGGGUCUCCACUGCUUUUAAGUCUACUAUCUGGACCCUACUUAUUUUAUAAGAUCUAUUCUUGCCACUCUUUGUCCCACCAUCCCAUCCUAGAAUCCACAAACACUCCACACACAUACCCUGCACACAUCCUGAUGUGCAAUUAUCUGAAUACAUUAGGAUUUUCUUUCUUCUGUGCCUUUGAAAUGCUGUUACCUCUGUCUGGAAUGUUAAUCUCUGUUUACAAACUCUUACUCAUUCUUCAAGGCUGAGCACAAAUAAAACUCCCUCUUGGAAUCUUUCUUUGAUUUUCCUAGAUAGUUAAGCUUUGUUUGUAUAUAUGUUAAUGUGGUAACAUAAAUAGGUGUCUUUGAGAGUACUUUAGGUUGAAUUGCAUGAAAUUGUUAUUUUUGUAAGUCCAAAUAUGAUUUAUGUGUCAGCCUAAAACAUUUUUAUAAUUACUUGUUUAUGUGUCUGUCAUUUGUUAACAGUAGUAUGCCCUUUAUUACAUAUUUGUUGAUAGAUGAUUGAACAAUAAAUUAUUCUUAAGGACCAUAGCUUUCAAAGUGAAAGGUUACCUUGGAAUUCCUGUCGUGGCACAGCAGAAAUAAAUCCGACUAGGAACCAUGAGGUUGCGGGUU